ACAGUUUCGAAGAUAACCUUAAAAGUACGGAAAGUUGGGAACGUGACUGCGAUAGGGCGACCGCGUGAUAAUCACAUUCUGGAUAGUUCGUUCGUUUGACGAUUCAAACGUGCCAAAACGUGCGUGUCAAGGACGAGUCUCUUUGUUUCCCGAGAGCACGGGGGAGGAGCAUGCGAGUAUUUACGGAGACACGUGGACCGUACAGUAAUCUUAACGACACGUCAUAGCGUCCGUCUCUACGUGGUGGAAAUUUACAACGCCGCAUGUUUUUCAGUGAUACCGAUGGCACAUGUGGUGGUGUUGAUAGAAAUAAUAUGUUCGAUUGUGCAUGCAUGGAAGAUUAUGUUGUCGACAUUUGAAGAUGGAUUGUGACGAAAAGAAUUUGAUAAAUGUUAACUGGCAAUGCGACCUGCAUAUACCUUAAAUUCAGUGUUUUGUGUCGUGUUCUUCUCAUGCAAGAUACUGGCAAUUAAUGCCUUGUGAAUCUAGUGCCUCCUUGGAAAGCUGUUUUAAGCAAAUUUCUACAGCAAGUGAGCAAACGCAUCUAGUUUAAGCCAAAAUAAAUCAUGACUGAGAUUAGUAUAGAUAGUCUACGAAAUCUCAUCACACACUUUGCAAAGAACACCUAUAGAACCAAGGAUGCAGAUGUCACGAAUCAGGAAAUCAUGCAGAGGUGCAUGUUGCUUGCGGCCUUUGAUUAUGAAUAUUCUACAAUUGAUAACAGCGGAGGUGACCUUUGCGCCCAUUACCCUAGCUAUCUUAUAAUGUUAGAACAUGACAAAUUUCGAAAUUCGAAAAAUUGCGAUACAUUGGUACCAUCGCCAUAUGUAUUGGAAAAUAUGCUCAUCAAGAGGAAUAAGCUCAUAAAACUGAUGAUACGUUCAAGAUUUGCCAGAUGUCGUUCAAGAUUUCCAGUGCCAGUGAUACUUUACAAAGGUAGACAUGUAUGCAGAUCCUCAACGUUGUCCAGUGGACCAGAAGUGUUCGGUAGAGCUGGGUUAGAUUUCUUGCUAUCUAGUGUAGGCAGCACAAGUUCAGUGCAGCCAGUUACACAGGUAGAAGAAAAUUUACCCAAGGAGGAAUCCAAGCUGACUGACUUGAAAGAUAAAGUUAGAUAUUACGAUAUUGAACUUCUGAAAACUCUUAAUGUAGGAACCAUCGUAGACUUCAUGGUGGAGAAGAAGAAAGUUAAAUAUGGGAUGACCGUAACUUCGUCGGAGAAGGUAGACCAAGGAAGGAGGUACAGCGACUUUAACCUCAUUUCACUGCCAUAUCCUGGAUGUGAAUUCUUCAAGGAAUUUAGAGACCAAGAUUAUCGAUCGAAGGAUCUAGUGUUUAACUGGUGCCAGAAUUACAUUGAUGCGCCAAUAUGUGUACCUGAAGACCCAAUCUCCAGUCAAUUACGAGUCAGCUGGAAUCAGUAUACAGAAUGGAAUCUAGUCAAAUUAACGCAGAACUAUUUAAAAUUGAUACUGAGAUAUCUGAAUGAUAGUAAUAACGGAUUAUUGAUUCACUGUAUCUCAGGUUGGGACCGUACACCGCUAUUUAUUUCAUUACUGAGAAUUAGUCUCUGGGCCGAUGGUGUCAUUCAUACAACAUUGGAUUCGUAUCAACUACUGUAUUAUACCAUCGCUUAUGAUUGGAUGCUCUUUGGACAUGAUUUAGCAGACAGACUCAAUAAAGGAGAAGAAAUACUUUUCUUCUGUUUUGAUUUCUUAAAAUAUAUCGAAAACGAACAAUUUAGCAUACACAAACAUUAUGACAGAACGUCAAAAUAUAGCGAAUCAGAAACUUUUGUGAUUGAUAGCGAGUCUUUCGAAAUCAUUACAAACUCAAGUUUUAGUCCAAAAAACAGUUCAUCUAGUUCUAUUGAACAAAAUAGCGUAGAUGGUGAUUCAUCGGCAGCUGUGUUCUUUACUGAUUCCACUGAUAAUCAAGAUGAUUCACGCAACAAUAUAAAUGUUGCUCACGGGACAUUUACUACAUCUCCAAAUAAAGAUAGUGGUGCCGUACAAGAAUCGCGCUCAUCAUUGUCUGCAAAUCGUACAUCUCCGAUUGGUGUUCCAAUACCGCGCAAUCCCCAUGUUCGACAACGAAACGAUUCAACAUCUUCAGGCGAUUCGUGGCAAUUGGUAACGGGGACUGGUAGCCUAUGUGGUUCCACGACUGCUAAUGCUCCGCACCUAGACAACGUAUUAGCACCUGAUUCAGAUUGCAAGCCAUCAUGUACUACUUGCCGCAGAACUCGACGUACAUCGCAAGAACGCAACGUAAAUGAUGAUGAAAAUUGUGUAACGCAUACACAACGUAGAGAACGAUUACAUUGUCUUCGAAAUAUAUUUUAUAAGGCUUAUGGACCUCAUGGAUUUCGAUUGAAGGACGAAUCAGGUGGUAUCAGCCAAUAUAUAGGAAACAUUGUUGGGAUGACUUCCAUUCAGCGCACAUCCUAGUGGCAAAUGUUAUUGUGUGACUUUUCAAGAGCAUGAAUUUACGGUCGAUUUUUCCUAUUCUAAGAUCACCUGAUCAUGAUCCUGAUUUAUUAUUCAUUAGUUCUCAUUUUCUUUAAACACAUUUCUUCCAUUCCUUAGUCC